AUGUAUUCUCUUCAGUGGAAAGAUUUUACCGCGGCCGAACUGACCAACUUUUUGCGUAUUCUGGACAAAGAGGAGGCCGAGUACAAAAAUGCCAUUCUCUACCAGUACGGCUUGCUUCGUCACCAACUGGAAGGACGCCUGGCUGAACUAGAUCAACAGGCAGCCGAGGCUGCCGCGGCUGCGCCACGAUAUGUACGUGCCGGGUGUACCGGACAUCCACAUGCCUACCAAUCAGUGGUGCCGGAUCCGUUCGACAUAGACGAUGCCCAUAUCAAAUCCGAGACGAACGGACGCGGACCCACCACGGGCGGCCUCUCAUCUGCCACCACGAGUAUGUAA